AUGAGCCCGGCUUACUAUCAGUCCAUGCUUAGUCGAUCUUGGAGACGUUCAGGCAGUCUCCUGUACCGGCCGAACCAACGAGACUCUUGCUGUCCCCAUUAUACCCUUCGGUUAGACUCGAGUGAAUUCCGUGCCACCAAGGACCAGCGGCAAGCCAUCAACCGUUUCAACAAGCAUGUAACAGGCGACACGUACGCAAAGGAGGCGGCACGACGGUACCCGCGGUCACGCGAGGAAAGCAACAAGCGGGAUGUCGAAUUCGACCUGGUCGAAAGGAUCCAUGAGGCCGAGACCCAAUCACUUAAACAGCCGCCUAAGCCAUCCCACGCCUUUAGUGUCACACUAGAGUCCGAUGAGUUCACCGAGGAGAAGUAUGCCGUUUUCGAGAACUACCAGCGCGUCGUCCACGAAGAGGCUCCGUCGUCGAUAUCCAGAGAUGGGUUUAGGCGAUUCCUCUGUUCCUCGCCUCUGAGACGCGAGACCUUGACAGUGGCUGAUGGAAGUGAGCGCCAGCUAGGUUCCUUCCAUCAUUGCUACCGACUAGACGGAAAGCUGUUCGCCAUCGGCGUUUUGGACCUGCUUCCGGACUGUGUCAGUGCUGUCUACUUCCUGUAUGAUGAGUCGGUGCAUCAAUUCAGUCCGGGCAAACUGGGUGCGCUCAGAGAAAUCGCGCUAGCAAAGGAGAAGGGAUACCGUUGGUGGUACUCUGGCUUCUACAUUCACACGUGCCCGAAGAUGAGGUAUAAGAUCGACUACUCGCCCCAGUAUAUACUCAACCCAGACACGCUGGUGUGGGAAAGGCUUGACAAGGACGCCUUGGCGCUCUUCGACAGCAAGGGGUACCUUCACGUCGAGAAGCUUCGGCAACAGGAUGAAAAGGCGGUGCCUCCGAAUGUAGAGUCGACACACGCCGAGGGCGAGUUGAGUGAACCUUCCGAUGCGGAAGGUGAAGACAGCGACGAAGACCAGUCCCUCUUCUACUGCAACAUGCCGGGCAUCCCGUCGCUCGAGGCCAUGGCCUCAGUUGAUCUGGACCAAAUCCUAGUUCGUCUCAGUCGCGGGUUCUGUGCGGCGGGUGUUUUGUUCGAUUGGGACGAUGAGCGGAUGGACGACCCGGCAUCGGCGAAAGGCAUGGUUUCAGAAAUAGUUGCUGCAGUGGGCCCUGAACUGAUGCCGCAGGCUUGUCUUGACUUCCGAAAAUCCUGA